UUUUUGGGUGAACUAGCCCUUUAAGGUAUAGGUCAUAAUUUGUCUUGCUUAUUUAUCAUCUGCUGGAAUUUUUUGGAAAUAUUACUAUUGGAAAGGCAGCAAAUUAAUUUAUGUUCAAGUUUUGGUAACAUGAUCCAGGAAAUUACAUGAAACUAUUAAGUUUAUGAACGUCCAAAAAGUACAAAGGACACAAAACAAAAGCAUUUUGAAUAGAGUCUAUAUGUUAAACUGUUGGAGUUGAAUCAAUUAUAAAUGUAUGAGUUAUUUCUUGUCAUCGGUGUGCUGUACAGUAAACAGAAGCCAGUCACGUACAAUUAAGAAGACAGUUUUGAGAAGUAACUCUGCCAGUGGGCGGAGAUCCCUCAACUUCUUGUAUUCUCCUAUUGCCCAAUUUAUCAGGUGACUAGGAGAAGAAUACAGAGUAUUUCAGUCAUAUUUUUUUAGACACCUAAGCUCUUUCUGUUUCACUAUUACGAUAAAUACGUGCGAAAUAGAACAUGUAAUCGAUAAGAGUUUCUGAUUUGUCAUUUAUUAUGUUUAUAAUACGCUUAUUAUAUCGCAAAAAGAAUAGUUUCACUUUCAACCGCUAUUGAAUCAAUGAGAGUCUACGGAAGUGGGGGAAUAAUGCAUGUGACCCUGGGGGGAUGGUCAAGCCUUAAUUAGGGGGCCCCAAACUCCCCCAUAAUCAGAAACAUAAUAAAGUGAUGGCAGUUGGAGCCUGUUGCACAGAGAUUCAACAGCGUCGCGUGGAGCUGGUGGAGAACUACAGCAAACACCUGACACACCUUCUGGACAUACUGUUUAAUGUAGGGGCAUUGACCGAGGAGGACCUCAGUCUCAUUAGAGGUUCGACUGUUAGAGGUGAGCGAGAAUGUAUGAGAGUUCUGUUGGAUGUGCUGAACGGAAGAGGAGAAGAAUCAUGCAGAGCGUUCCUCUACAUACUGCAAAGUGUUCGAGAUAACACCACAAAACCAGGACAGGCCAACAGGCAAGAGCAUCUCAAAAAGCACAAGGACAUCUUGGCCAGACAGCACAGCCUGGUGGACUAUCUUAGCAUCAGAGGACACAAUUUAAGCCAGGAUGAAAUCUGGUACUUGACUGAUAUCACCUUCUCAAGACAAGCUGGUUAUGCAUCGCCUUCUCAAUGCCGACAUGAGUCAGCAGCAGUUGGGGAUGCUUUCAGGACACAAAAGGAUGAAGUCUGUGUUUUCAGGAAUGUGUAUGAGAAUCUGCUGUCCAACCUAUCGAGUGGUGUGAAUAUGCUGUCAGGAGUUGCUGGAAGUGGGAAAACCACGGUUGUGAGACGGCUGGUGCGAGAGUGGGCUGCAGAAACCACCUCGCACAAGAUUGUCCUAUCUCUGUCCUUUCGUGAGCUAAACCUCAUAACUCAAGAGCAGAGCUUGCAGGACCUGCUCUCGGAUCACUACAUCCACCUGAAACCUUACUUGCAAGAGUUACUGAGCUCAAACCCAACCCAGUUUUUACUCAUCUUAGAUGGUCUGGAUGAGUUCAGCUACCCUCUUAAUUUCGAACACACACCCAAGUGCUCAAAUCCUGAGCGGGUGCAGCCUAUACAAUCCAUUGUGGUGAACUUAAUCAAAGGAAAUCUGCUUCCAGGCGUGUCCAUUUUCCUCACCUCAAGACCUCAUGCGGUCUCCAAAGUUCCUCCAGUGCUGGUAAGCCAGUUUUACAGUCUGCUAGGUUUUUCUUCAGCUCAGCAGAAGCAGUACUUUGAGCAGAACUGCAGUUCUCCGGAGGCUGCCGCUGCAGUGUGGGCCUCUGUGUCAUCCCAUAAGCCCCUUCUCCUCAUGUGCCACAUUCCCGCAUUCUGUUGGAUCGUGUCUACCGCCUUGCAUGAUGGUGGCUCCUGCCUUUGUCCUGAUUCCGUAAGUGCCAAGCCAGGAGAAAAAAGAGUCAUUGAGGAAGCCAACCAACCAAACUCUUCAUUGGGACCUUCUGAGGAGAGCUCCAAACCAGUCACAAUCACUGAGAUCUACUGCUGCUUCGUUAAAUCCAUCCUGCUAUUCCAUGUGCAAGGGCGUAGCGAGGGCUCCCAUCACACCAGGCUUCAGCACGCCCCUCAUGUCCUUGGCGAAAUGCAGCCUAUACUCAAAAACCUGGGAGCUAUGGCCUUCAAAGGCCUCCUGGAGAGACGGUUCAUCUUCGAAAGCUCUGAUUUGAGCUCUUUUAAUCUGGAUAGCACCAAACUCUCACAGGUGUUCCUCUUUGAGAUACUUAAAGAGGAUCGAGCAUCCCUCACCUUUGAAAAGGGCUUCCAUUUUAUCCACACCAGCGUACAGGAGUUCCUGGCUGCCCUGUACUAUGUUUUUCAGUCACUCUCAGGAACAGAUCCAUUUUUAGGCCUCAAACUAACCACAGGCCGGUAUCUUCAGUCUGCGUUUAAGCAGAUGGUAUCAGCCUUUAACAAAUUCGGCAGACCGCGGCGUCUUUUCCGCAGACGUAUUAAGAAGGCUCUUCGCUAUGGUGAACGACAUCAAUCUGGACACAUGGAUCUUUUCUGCAGGUUUGUAUGCGGCCUGCUGGUUCCUAGAACACGUCUCAUCCUAAAUGGAUUUUUCCCUGAUGGGCCCAAGAUGCAUCUGCUCCAUUGCCAGCCCUCUCCAGACCCGACUCCUCCCUUCCUCCUCCAUCUGUUACACUCCCAACUCCAGAGCUCUACCCUCAGCUCAGAGAGGCAGGUCAAUGUUUGUCACUGUCUAUAUGAGGCUCAGGACCCUGGUUUACCACAGCGGCUACAGGGUUGGAUGAAAGUUCUUUCACAGCAUGCCUCAGGUCAGUCCGGUUCGGAAAACAGGGACUGGAGCGAACUGGCUUUCCUGUUACAGCUCAGCCCAGAUCUGCAUGUUUUAAAUUUGGACGCUCAAGGACUUGAUGCUGACGGAUUACGCCGACUCCUGCCGGUCCUUCAUCUCUUCUCAACACUCAGCCUGGGUCAGAAUCCUCUUGGUUUAGAGGGAGCGUCUGUGUUAUCCCUCGUUUUGAGAAACCCAGAUUGUCGCAUUCAGAGACUGUGGGUGGUUGCGACAGGGCUUGGCUGUGAAGGCCUGAAAAUCCUUGUGGAAGCGCUGAAAGAAAACAGUACUGUGACUGAUCUCAGAAUGGCCAUCAAUAAAAUUGGAGAUGAUGGAGCUAGUUAUCUUGCAGAAUUGUUGAGGACGAAUUACACACUUACAGAUAUCAGACUUCGUGACAACCUAGUGACAGACAAAGGAGCAGAAGUCCUCAUGGCUGCACUCAAAGAGAACACUACAUUAGAGUACCUGUGGAUGUUUGACAACAAGUUUACCAAAGAUGGCGUCAAGAAGCUGAAAGAAUUCGCAAAGACCAGACCAAACCUUGACAUUAAAGUUUGUGUCUGACCCACAACACCGACAAACCAGUGGAAUACCUCUCUAAAACAGCAUUUUCUUUGCUGAAUUGGUUCAUUUAACAUUCGUACAUUAUUCGUACAACAGAUGAGUACAACUGAUAUAUUACUCUUAUGCUGCCUUCACGUGCUAUCGGAAAUGUGAUAAUUCCCACUUCUGAAGUCGUGAUUACGAGCUCAUCGCAUUCAAGUUUCGAAAUGGGAGGGUGUUCAUGUGAAAUUUUUACCAAGGAAACUCGUAUUUAUGAUAAUUCCGAAAUACGAUAAUUGAAAGUAGCUAAAACUGGUAGCUAAAUGUCACUAGAUGACAUCAUAAUGGCAAAUUCAUUGAUCUAUAUAAAUAUGAAUAGAGAUCAGUGGGCAAAAUAAGAAUCUAGAUAAGGUUUGUUGCUAGAUUUGUCCCUAAACUUUUGAAAAAAGUCUCAAAAGGGGUGGGGAAGUCACUAAAUCUAGUGACAAAAUCCCUAAAUUGGCAACACUGUUAACCGCUCAGGCUACUACUGCCCUCUACUGGACUUUUAAGGAGCUGUAGCUACUUAUUGGUAUGGUACAUUUGUAAUAUGUAUUUAAUCGGCAGUGAUAUACUCGGAAGUGUCAAUGAAUCAUAGCCAGUUAUUUCUAAAGACACUGAAUUGCAUUUAUUUAUUUUGUGAAAUGGGGACCUUAAAAUGGCUUUUUGACACAUGUCAGUUCUUCUUGUACUUCUUUAUAGAUUGUCUUCUUUCUCUUUUCUGCUAUAGUGUCUCAGUCUAGUUUGACAAUAAUACUGCCACUGUUGUGGUUUAUUGCCCAUUUUUUUCUGGGCGCUUUUACAGGCAGAGCUCUGGGCUCUUCUUAGAUGCUUCAUAAACCGAAGUAAAAUGUAUGUGUAAAAUACACAAAGGCAUAGUAUUGUUUGGUCAGUCGAUGCAGUUUACUAUCAAGUCAAUGAUAUACAUGUGAAACUACUGCUAACUAUUGACUUCCUUUUUCACUGUAACUUUACAUCAAGCCAGUUGUAAUAUAUCUGUGUCAGAUAAUAGUGUUUGAAACAUUGUACGCCUGUCUUCUUUCUGAAAGUUGCAUAAUAUAGGUUAAUGCAUUGUUGCAUCAUUAAUUGUCAUAACUUAAUGAAAUAUGAAUUGUUAUAACAAGUAUUAUUGCUUAGCAAUUCUUACAAUGCAAAGUACAAGUGUUGUUAUGCAAUAAUUAAAACAAGAUGUAUAAAUAGCUGUUCAAUAAACACAUUAUAUGGGUUCUCCAGA